AUGGACGACCCACUUAAACCACCACCACACGAUUGUGGACGGUAUUUUAUGACCAUUUACACCCUUACUUUCGUAAUGAUUGACGUGAGUCGCAAGCCCCAAGAGGAAUGUCUUUUACCUAGGCCUUCUCACCCCAUCCCAUUCCAUUCCUCUCCUCUUCUCUCUCUUUCACCUUCUUAUCUCUUCCAAUCCCAGAAAGCGAACAUUAGUCUCCCCUUUCUUCAAUCACUUACUCAUAUGCAAAUGAAAAAGUUAGCAUGCAAGGGAAAGAAUAAGCGUACCAGUGGAUGCACGUGCUUCAUGACUCAUUGCCAACCUGAUUGGCUCCCUGUCGUCGCUUGCAGCCAGUCUUCUCGAGUUCAGCAGCUCCUCCGUCGUGAGAAAAGGAACAAAAGUGACUUGGUUGUUUGCUGA